AUGGCCCAAAGUCCUAGCGACAAAAUUGACAAUUCAACGAUCUCAAAAUUGAUACCGUUUAUAACAACGGUAUUACUGUAUUUUUCGCUGAUUCAACACACGGAACGAGGCAGUACCCCAUCUACUGUGCUAAAAUGCAUGCCAAUAUUCAGUUUAUUAUUCUUCCUCAUGCUUACAACUUCAAAAAACGUUACAAUGAUACAAUAUCGAAAACGCAUCAUGUAUGGACUUUUAUUUUCGUCAUUUGGCGACUUUUUACUGAACUAUGAUUUAUUUGAAGCUGGAAUGGGUGCUUUUGGAUUUGCCCAAGUAUUUUAUAUAUCAGCAUUCGGUAUGAAACCAUUGAAGCUAUGGAUUGGAGGCACCUUAUAUUUAUUAGGAUUUUUGGCAACUGCUGUGUUCUUUGGUAAUUUGAAACCAUUGAUAAAAGCAUGUCUUCCAUUUUAUGCUGUUUUAUUAUUGACAAUGUGUUGGAGAUCAUUGGCUCGAAUUGAAGGAUCAAAUAACUAUUCAAGACUUGUAUGUGGCAUUGCCAGCAUAUUAUUCGUCUUAUCUGAUGGAAUAAUAGCAUUUGACAAGUUUUUCACACCUAUUCAAGCAGCACAAACGUAUAUCAUGGUAACAUACUACCUCGCGCAAGUAGGAAUAACACUCAGUGUUAAUGAUGUUCUACUAAAUGAGCCUACCUUUAUUAAGCCAACAGAACAACGAAAUAAAAGCACAGGAUCAAAAUCAUAUUGA